AUGUGGUCUGAGACUGUAAUGUUUGUGGUGGAGUUCCUGGCAGCGUUGUGUGCAGUGGCAGUGUGCGGGCCAUGCUUGCUGGCGUGCGCGCGCCGCCUCAUCCUGGGAGACGAGCUCCUGCAGCGCGGCGCGGCCGGCGUGCGCGAAGCGACCGUGCUCGGCUGCGACGAGCCUGCGUGCCCCUACUACAAAAAGAAUGUCAAGUACCUCAUGGUGCCGGCCAGGAGAAGGGCCUAUGGCUCACCCACACGACAGUGUUCUUAA